CCGUCAUCAUUGAAAGACCUUUUCCCCCAACUUGAAUUAAAUAUAUACCUACUGGCGUGUAAGGCGCAAGUCAAACAGCCCAUUCCAUCACCCUACCCCUCCCUCUUCUCCUCCCCGUAUCUUGCGCCUGUAUCUUGCGAGAAGCAUCCACCCUCGCUGGAACAGGUCGUUCGCAACCAUGGGGGCUCAGCAACCUUACAUGUACGACUCGGGUCGCCGAGAUUCGCGUUUGCCAGAGAAAGAGUUUGACCCAAAGGCUGUCACGAGGGCGAGCUGGCAAGAAAAGCCUAAAAAGGCCAAGAAGGAAGGGCCCCUCGUGUCGUUUGGCCGACAUCCUGAUGCGCAUGCGGUUCCUACUGGUCGUACUUACAAUUUCCAGCCUAUGAGUGAUACUGCAAAGUGGUGGAUAAGAUGGACGAGAUACUUUCAACUAUUUCUACGUGCCUUGGAACUAAUCGCCGGCGCUGGACUCCUCACGCUCAUGAUUCUCAUUACAGACGUUAUGCCUCUGGUGGCUUGGAUCUUGCGCAUUGCGCCUGGUGUUAUCGUUCUUUGUUGCGCAUAUGCCAUCCUGCAUCUGGCUAAACCAGCACGAGCGCGGCCACCCGCCUCCUCGGCCGCGUACCAGGUGUUCGCUGCUACCACCGACUUAGCUAUCUCGGCUUUCUAUGCCUUUGGCGCAAUUACGGUGCCGAAGGAGAGCGGUAGCUGGGACACUCUCCUAGCAGAUAAAGACCUUCUGCCAAUCUUCAUCAAGUCUGAGAACUACACUCUUCUUGCUGGUAUCGGUCUCCAUGCGGUGUCACUUGGCAUAUCCAUUUACUUGGCCGUCAUGUUCAGACGUAUUGCCAAUAUGCCGCCUGAUAUGAAUCCUCUAGAGAGUAAUCUUACAUCUCGCACAAAACACAAGCGCAAUAAGUCGUCAGUGGCAAGUAGCUAUACUUCUAUGUCGGAGAGUAGUAAGCGCCUGUCAACGCCUCUUGAAGACCAUCGCCGCUCUGGAGCACCCUACGAGGACUUAUCUCGGCCGCCAAGUAUCCCUUUCAUGAACACGCGUACCGGGUCACGGGACUCAUUCAGUUCUUCGAAACGUGACUCUCGCGUCGACCUACCCAGCCGGCAAUAUCAAAUAACACCAGGCAAUUCCCCGCGCAACUCACCUCGCAACAGCACCAUCUCCGUCGCUGACCAAAGGCGCCAGUCAAAUACUCGAUUGGCACAACGUGGCAACUACAUGGAGAUCCCAUUACACGAGACAGGCACCCCAUCUUCUUCGCGGCCUGGCAGCUCCAUGAACUCGCAGCCGAUCAACGCCUCGCCAACGCGGGUGGCAAGGUUCACAGAAGCAUGGUAUGCUUCAGAAUCACUCGUCAAUCGCACACAGCAGCGCCAGCGCGCCAUGAACGCAGGGGAGCGGACAGCAGCGGAGAGGUCCAAGGCAUACGAGGCCCUAAACCAACGAUACACAGGAGACAACGAAUCAGAUUCGGAACAGGAAAAUGUGAUGGGUCCCGAAUACAUCUCAGAUUCCGAGGACGACGAUGGCCCGAUCAAUAUCACCGGCAACAUGCAUCCUAACCCGCUGCGGUUGAAUCCCCAUCGAAAGGGACCUAUCGAGCUGCACGAUUCGCCCACCGCGCAACCCGUGCUUACAGAAAUGAGCUCCAACAGACGCAGCGUAAGCGGUAGCCAGGACAUCGUAGACGCGCAAUCAGGCCCAGUCCCAGCGCGCCGACCGACGAUCUGGAACCGUAUCAGGGGCAACAGAAACUCGUCGAUCCAAGCCGACAACCAGUUCUACUCAAAACCGUACGGCGAACUGAAGAGCGCCACACCGCCUAUCCCGUACGGUGGAGAUACAUAUAAUGGAGAUAACAACAGGCCCAUAGGUGUAGAAGGGCGCCAAAUUUCCUCUGGAAACGACUAUGAUUUGAGUAGUGCUUCGAAUCUGGGAUAUCGCCGUAAAGUCAGUGGGAUAGCGGCUGAAGAGGGCAGAGCAGGUCCGACUUCGAGGUACUCGCGAUACAGCGCGUUGAACGAAUAAACUGAGCGCGGCCGUAAGAGAAGUGGAUUGGAGGAGUGUGUGCGAUAUCAGUGUGUUCUUUUGCAUUUUACGAUUCCCAAUAGGCUGGUUUUCAUGUUUUGG